AGGAGGGCGGCGAGUGUGCGGCGUUGCUCGGCGGCGGCGGCGGAGGGGCCAUGGCGGCCACCGAGAUAGCGCGCCAGGUGGGUGAAGGCUGCCGUACCGUUCCUCUUUCUGGCCAUGUAGGAUUUGACAGUCUGCCUGACCAACUGGUUAAUAAAUCAGUUACCCAUGGUUUCUGUUUCAACAUCCUGUGUGUGGGAGAAACUGGCCUUGGGAAAUCAACCUUAAUGGAUACCCUUUUCAAUACCAAGUUUGAAGGUGAGCCAGCCUCUCAUUCACAGCCAGGAGUUCAGCUGAAAUCCAGUACUUAUGACCUUCAGGAAAGCAACGUCCACUUGAAGUUGACCAUUGUUAGCACAGUGGGUUUUGGGGACCAGAUUAACAAAGAGGACAGUUAUAAGCCUAUAGUGGAAUUCAUCGAUGCCCAGUUUGAAGCUUAUUUGCAAGAGGAACUGAAAAUCAAGCGGGUUUUGCACAACUAUCAUGAUUCCCGGAUCCAUGCCUGCUUGUAUUUCAUUGCCCCCACUGGCCAUUCUUUGAAAUCUCUGGAUUUGGUAACAAUGAAGAAGCUAGACAGUAAGGUAAAUAUAAUUCCUAUUAUCGCCAAAUCGGAUGCCAUUUCCAAGAGUGAAUUGACAAAAUUUAAAAUUAAGAUCACGAGUGAACUUGUCAGCAAUGGGGUGCAAAUCUACCAGUUCCCUACAGAUGAUGAGUCUGUUGCAGAAAUUAACGGGACCAUGAAUGCUCACUUACCCUUUGCAGUGAUUGGCAGCACGGAGGAAGUGAAGAUAGGAAAUAAAAUGAUGAAAGCGCGUCAGUAUCCCUGGGGGACUGUGCAGGUGGAAAACGAAGCACACUGUGACUUUGUGAAGCUGAGAGAAAUGUUGAUCCGUGUCAACAUGGAGGAUCUCCGCGAACAGACGCACACACGCCAUUAUGAGUUGUACCGGCGAUGUAAACUGGAAGAAAUGGGAUUUAAAGACACUGAUCCAGACAGUAAACCAUUCAGCUUACAAGAAACAUAUGAGGCCAAAAGAAACGAGUUCCUGGGAGAGCUACAGAAAAAGGAAGAGGAGAUGAGGCAAAUGUUUGUCCAGAGAGUUAAGGAGAAGGAAGCAGAGCUCAAAGAGGCUGAAAAGGAGUUGCAUGAGAAAUUUGAUCGCCUGAAGAAACUUCACCAGGAUGAAAAGAAGAAACUGGAGGACAAGAAGAAAUCUCUGGACGAUGAAGUCAAUGCGUUCAAGCAAAGGAAGACGGCAGCGGAAUUGCUCCAGUCUCAGGCCCAGCAAGCGGGAGGAUCUCAAACUCUGAAACGAGAAAAGGAGAGGAAAAAUUAACCCUGCUGUUUGCUGCAUGGUGCAUGAGGGUACACUGUGCUGUUCAGGUUUCCUGUAGAUCCUUUCCUUUUGCAUCAGAAAUGACCACGCCCCACAUUUUGAGUUAUCCUGCAGUCCUGCCCUCUACAUGUUUGUCCAUCUCCUUCCAAAGCACCCUCCCAUUCUGUUUGCCAAUUUCCUAAACACAAAACUCUUUCUUGACUGUUUUGGUGAAGAACUCAGGCAUAAUUUCUAUGGAGACUGAUGAGACAGGCUCCGAGCGCCUGUUGCCUCGCUUAGCCUGUUUACCAGAAGCUUGCAGGACUAAUGUCCUAAGACACUGUAUACCAACAACACAUUAAUGCAUUGAUGCAUGUGUGUGUGUAUGUGCGCACUCAUAGCAAAACCGCAUGUUUGCUUCCCGGUUGUACCUUAUGCCGUGACGCCUGAGCCCUGUUGCGGAUUCUCUCAUGAAGGCAAAUGAGUUGUGCAUGAAGCUUCCUUUUGUUUGUUUUUUUAAAGCAAUUGAAUAGGGUUCAUCUUCAGGAUUGUUUCAGUGAUGUUUAAGUUACAUUUUUACUGCAGCAGAACUUAACUGCAGUGGCUGGCAUCAGUAGCCUCAAGCAAAGCUCCUAGGGAUUUUCAGCACCUCUUUUCAAAGGGAGAGCGUGGGGAAUCUUUCAGCUCAGGAUUCAAAGCAUAUUGGCUUCAUUUUUAAAUUUUUGUCCCAGUUGUUGCAACAUGCAGCUAAAAUACAUUUGGGUACUUGCUGUGAUUCCAUUAACUCUUGCACAUAUAGGACAUCCAGCAUGUAUGUAUAGAACUCCCUAAGCCUACAAAAUUUUCCUAGUUUGCCUCAGUAGUUGGGAGAGCUCUGUAUGUACAAAGGAAUGCACGCAAGGAGUACCACCAUCACAAGAAACUCCACAUUUGUGCAGGAGUUCUGUGCAGAUGCUGGAAAUCAGUUGAGGUGCUAAAUUCUGGGCAUUGGGAGAGGUUUGGGGUUUACUGUCCCCACUUAUCUGCUCCAAGGACUGGAAAUCAUGAAAGUAAUUGACAACCUUGUUCCAUGGCUACAAAUUCAAUCCAAGUACAUUUUAUAUCCUGUUUCAAUAGACACAUGCCUGCGGCUUGACUGUGUCCUGACUUUCACUGAGUUGGUAAACUUGUAUUUGGACUGAACCACUUUAGAUUGCCCCUGGGGAUCCCCACAAGCAAAACAAACAACCCCCCCUAUAGAAUAUUUGCAUUUCAAAGAAAACUUGUCCCUGACACCCCCUUUUCUUUGCAGAGGGUAUUUUUAGUUUGAAGGGACACUCCAUUAUGUUGGUUUCCACCUGCAAUCUAAAGGAAUACAGCCCAGAAUACCAUCUAAAUAAGAACUGGGCUAUUCUUAAACAUGUGUACUAAGUUCACUUGCUUUCUAGUAAGCAUUGCAGGAUCUUACUCUCAUAGGUGAUUAAAUUUAAGCACUUCUCUUUGGGCGAAUUAGCUCAUAAAAAUAUGGCUUUGGAUCCUACUGGCUUUUCUUCUGGUGAAAUAAAGAGAGGGGCCUUUUGAAUAAUGAAAAGGCUGUGCCAGGAAGUGUAGGACCCACGUGGAGAAAAGUCAUGGGAUGGGAGCUGCAAUGGAGGGACAUUAGGUGAGAUCAAAUGGAAUAUCUGGUAGGAUCCAAUCACUCUUUCACAUUACUGGGAUUUUAAAAAUAUAAGUAUAGCUGAUUUGGAAAAUGGUAAGUAUUUUUUCUUCACAAAGGUGGAAAGAAAUAGUAUGAUCUCUUUAAAAUAUUUUUAAUGUUUUUUACAUUGGAAAGGUUGGAGGUCUUGCUUUUGGAAAAGGAAAUCUGCAGUUCUUUCACUUUGAUUUGGAGGAAAAUAAUUUUAUGUUGACGUUUUAAACAUGAGGUUUCAGAAGAGUUUGUACAAACUUAUACUGGUUUAAGAGUCUCCUUUCCCUGAGAAUUCUGGAAACUGUAGUUCUGUAUGUGGUAGAAGUGGGAAUACAGAUCUCUAAAGAGUUCUUGAGUACCCUCAGCAAGCUAUGGCGCCCAGUAUUCUCUGAAGAACAUCAGAGCAGUUAAAGUGAUAGGAAACUGAUUCAUGUUUGUAGUGUAGGCAUGCCCUAUGACAAAAAAUACUAAAUAAAUUCUCUAGAAUUUACACUCAACAAACUGAGCCAAAACCCAUUGGAGGCCAUUUUAGUUAUUCUGUUAAUGAUAUAGUUCAUAGAUAACAUGUUUCAGAUGGAUAGCCCUGUUGGCCUGCCAUAGAACAGCAAAGUUGGAGUCCAGUAGCACCUUAAAGACCAACAAGAUUUUCACAGUAUAAGCUUUUAAGGGUCAAAGCUCCAUUCACAUUGGAAUGGUCUUCAUCAGAUACAAAGGGAGCUUUGACUCUCAAAAAGCUUAUAUGCUGAAAAUUUUGUUGGUAUUUAGGGCGCUACUGGAGUCAAAGCAAGAUAAAUUUGUGAUCAUGGAAUCUGGUAUGCUUGUUGUGUACAGAAAUUUCAGACAAUGUAAAUCUCAUCUAAAAAGAAAUCAUUGAAUAUUUUCAGUUAAUGCAUGGAUCUUUAUUUGAGGGGAUGCAUUUGGCGGGGAUAAACAGUAACUGACUUUUGUACUGGAGAAGCCAGGAAUGGCCAUUUAGCCACUUUGGGGCUAAAUCAGCAUCCCAAAGUAAUUCUAUCUGACCUAUUUUGUGGACUUAUUUCUCAUUAAAAUGUAGUAAAAAUAUUGCCUGCCAUUUCUUUAAUACGGAAAAUUCUUUUGAAAUCAUGCAAAGUUUUUUCCAUGUCAGUGUUUCCUCUCUCUUUUAGAUUCCAUAUGUAAUUACCCAGCUAACCUUGAAUGCAUGUGCUCCAGAAUGGAGGCCUUCAACCGAUGAGUGGCUCCAAUUUUAUUGUGGCGCCUGGCUACUGUCUGUUUUGUUUGUAGCAUUGCAGUAAAAUAUUCAUGGGGCCUCUGUCCGGAGAAUAGAGCUGCCCUGAAAAAUACCGAAAUUGGCUAUCCCUGAGAUCAGCUGCAAAUGUAACCAGGAUCUGCUUAGUAUCCAGAUGUAUUCCCCCCCCCAAAAAAUACUAAAUGAGAAUUAUUAAGAUGAAGCAAUUGCACUGCAAUCAUGACAGGGGUUGUGGCUCAGUGGUAGAGCAUCUGCUUUGCAUGCAGAAGGUCCAUCAUGCUCCAUCCCCAGCAUCUCCAGUUAAAAGAAUCAGGUAACAGGGGAUGUGAAAGACCUCAGUCUGAGACCCUGGAGAGCUGUCCCCUAGUCAGGAUAGGCAAUACUGACCUUGAUAGACCAAUGGUCUGAUGCGCUAGAAGGCAGCUUCAUGGGUUUGUGUUUCCCUUAUGUUUAAAUGUAUUCUGUACAUUCCCCUGCCAUAAUCUAUAUUUUCUAUGGGAAAACUUUUUAAAAUAAAAAACUUUUUGGACAAUAA